AUGAGUGUUGAAGAAAAAAGACAACUAGUUGAUGAGAUUCUGCUGAACAUGGAGGGGGACUCAUUAGCAAGAGGGUUUUUAUCCAACUUGGCAAGAAAAUAUCAUGUUCACAUAUCAACAACAACAAGAUGGUUCCAAGUAAUUAAAAAUCACAUAGAAGAGGGACUUGUUGUAGAUGUUAGGACCAAAAAAUUCGGCAGAAGUGGUCCCAAACCUAGAGAAGUCAUUGAUGAAUUUCUCACAUCAGUCCCCUUGUACAAGAGAACCACAAAGAGCGGGUAUGUUACAGCCCUCCAUAUUUCAAAGUCCACAUUGCAUAGGUUAAGGAAAAAGGGUAGACUAAGAACACACACAAACACCAAUCACCCAGCACUAACAGAUAAUCAUAAGAUAGCAAGACUGAAGUGGGUUCUUAGUCAUAUCAACCCUAUACCAGCUGAAGGGGACCCCACCUUCAUAGAUAUGCAGCAAGUAAUACACAUUGAUGAGAAGUGGUUCUAUCUAAAACCAGAAACAAUGACAUUAUAUCUUUUUCUUAAAGAAGAAGACCCAUACAGAGCACAACAGUCAAAGAGGUUCAAGGUGAAGGACAUGUUCAUGGGGAUGAUAGGCAAGCUAAUGUAUGAUGAAUACAAAAAUCUGCUGCAUGAUGGGAAGUAUGGGCUGUUUCCUUUUUUUAAGUAUGAAAUGGAUAAGAAAAGGCAAAAACAGAGACAAGGGCACAUUAGAGACAAAGGUUGUGCAGAGUAUAAACAAGGAAGCAAUUAG